AUGCUGCCUCCUACCAAAUCCGUCGAAAGCGAGGAGUGGGGAACCCCCACCAGCAACCUCUGGAUUGGAAAUCUGCCGCCGGAGGUUGCCGAUUCCGAUCUCAUGGACCUCUUUGCUCCCUACGGUUCUCUCGACACACAAAUAUCCUAUUCCUCACGCACCUUCGCUUUCGUCUUGUUCCGACGCGUCGAAGACGCUAAGGCCGCGAAAACCAACUUACAAGGCGCGUCGCUGCGCGGGUAUCAAAUCAGAAUCGAAUUUGCAAUACCGGCAAGGCCGAGUAAACAGUUAUGGGUGGGUGGUGUUAGCCACGCUGUCGCGAUGGAGGAUUUGGAAGCGGAAUUUCGUAAAUUCGGGAAGAUUGAGGAUUUUAAGUUCUUCAGAGACCGCCGUACUGCGUGUGUUGAGUUUCUCAAUUUGGAUGAUGCUUUGCGGGCCAUGAAAGUCAUGAACGGGAAGCGACUAGGUGGGGGCUAUAUUUGUGUGGACUUCCUUAGGUCACAAUCUACGAAUAGAGAUUUUUUGGUUGAUCAUGGGCAGUUUCAGGCUAGACCACAGCAUUUACAACCUUCAUUGGGGAGGAAUAGUCAACCCAGUAACAUUUUGUGGAUAGGUUUUCCUCCUUCAUUUCAAAUUGAUGAACAAAUGCUCCACAAUGCCAUGAUUUUAUUUGGUGAAAUUGAGAGAAUCAGGAGUUUUCCUUCUAGACAUUAUUCAUUUGUAGAGUUUAGAAGCAUAGAUGAAGCUCGUCGUGCCAAAGAGGGCCUUCAAGGACGACUUUUUAAUGAUCCUCGAAUAACAAUUAUGUAUUCAAGCAGUGAUCUGACACCUGGCAAAGAUUACCCUGGAUUUUAUCCUGGAAGUAAAGGGCCUUUACCUGAUGGAUUAGUUAGUGAGCAUCCAUUUCGACCACCACAAUCAGAUGUAUUUGGUCAAAAUCGUCCUAUUGUUCCAAAUAAUUUUCCUGGGCAAUUGCCAUCCGGUGGUAUUGGUGGACCUAAUGUCCCAAUGCGACCUUUUGUUCCUCAAGGUCUUGAAUCUCUUAACUCUGGUCCUGAUUUUAAUGAGUUGGGCACACUUCACAAAUUUCAAGAUGGUAGCUCUAAAAGUCAGAUGGGUCCAAGCUGGAAAAGGCCAUCUCCUCCUGCCCCAGGAAUGAUUUCUUCUCCUAUGCCUGGUAUUAGGCCCACCUCUGGUCCAUGGGAUGUACUUGACACAAACCAAUUUUCAAGAGAUUCUAAACGUUCAAGGAUAGAUGAUGCUUUGCUCACCAGUGAUGCCCCAUUUCCUUUAAGAAAUAUUAAUGACCAUGGAUUAAGAUUAGAACAACCAUUUGGCAUUGAUCCAAUUACUGAUGGAGAUGGUUCUGGUCCAAAGAGUCACCUUGGUCCAGCUCGUGCUAGGAUCACAUCUGGAGUACCUAGUUCUGUCCAACCUGAUAUUGAUCAUACAUGGCGUGGAAUUAUUGCAAAAGGGGGAACUCCUGUUUGUCGUGCAAGAUGUGUGCCUAUUGGAAAAGGGAUAGGGACUGAGAUUCCUGAUGUUGUAGAUUGUGCUGCUAGGACUGGAUUGGAGAUGUUGACGAAACACUAUGCUGAUGCAAUUGGCUUUGACAUUGUUUUCUUUCUCCCUGAUAGUGAAGAAGAUUUUGCUUCAUACACUGAAUUCCUUCGAUACCUUAAAGCAAAAAACCGUGCUGGUGUUGCUAAGUUUCUUGAUAAUACCACCUUAUUUUUGGUACCUCCUUCUGAUUUCUUGACCAAGGUUUUGAAAGUCACAGGACCUGAACGGUUAUAUGGUGUGAUUCUUAAAUUUCCGUUAGUUUCAAGUAGCUCAUCUAUGCAACAAACAAUGCAUUUUCCUUCUCCCUCUACCCAGUAUGUGCAACAGAUUCCCCCUUCACAACCCGAGUAUGGUUCAAUCUCUGUAAAGGAGGAACAGAUUUUACCAAUGGAAUAUAACAGACUGUUGCAUGAUGAUUCUAAGCGUCUGUCAAAACCACUUCCUCCAGCUACCAGUGUCCCUCCUCCAGCUCAUUCUGUUCCUCCUGAUUAUGCUUCUACUUAUACAGCUUCUGCAUCCCAAACUGGAGUUACAUUGACACCUGAACUUAUUGCAACUUUAACUUCUUUUCUCCCUUCAACUAUACAAGCACAAUCAGCUGGUGGUACAAUGACAGUGGUUGGUCCCUCUACUGUGAAGCCACCUUUUCCAUCUGUUGCAUCUAAUGCUGGAAAUCAAUCUCAUUUGUGGAAACAAGAUCAGCAAACUGCAGAUCCACCAAGUUAUCCUCCUCAACAGUUUGGGAGUAUUCAUAAUGCUCAAUAUCAACCUUACCCACCUGCAUCGUCUAGUGAGCACCCUGCUCAAGUUGUCUCAGGCAGUUCCCAUUUCCAUGAUGCUGCUUCAAGUCUUCAGCAGCUAGGUGCUGUUUCGUCGUCUACACCUGUGACUAAUUUCAUUGUACCUCCUCAAAAUGGACAGGUAGCUGUUCCCCCUCAAGUCAGUCAACAGUAUCAGGUGGAAGUCUCCCACAGCACUGAGAAAGGCUAUGGAGUAGUUCAGGGAACAGAUGCUUCUGUUCUAUAUGGUUCUGAGGCAUUCCAACAACCUAAUAAUUUUAUUCCCUCAUCCAACCAAGUUUCCAGUGCUGCUUCACAGCAGCAUUUGAAUUCAGAGCCCCCAAAUCAACAACUUCAACCUGCUUUAAGUGGAGGUGGUCAGGGAAUGUCAGAAUUGGAUGCUGAUAAGAACCAGAGGUACCAGUCAACACUGCAGUUUGCUGCCAACCUUCUCUUCCAGAUACAGCAACAACAAACACAAGGAGGACACGGCUCAGGAAAUCAACAAUAG